AUGUCGAUGUCCGUGGCAUGUAAAACCAUUAAUGUGUCACCUGCUUGUAAAACUAUUCACGUGUCACCUGCAUUGGGGCAGUACAACCCAGAUUCUGUCGAGGUGAUCAUGAGCCAAAACGGGUGUGUUCCAAAUGAUCAAAGCCAGAUUUUGGGCACUGAGCUCAACCUGAUGGAGAUGACAGAAGUGGAGUACACCCACCUUCAGCACAUAAUCCAGUCACACAUGGAGGCACAAGCGGCUGGUCCAGAGGGAUCAGGAGAUGCCCGGUUCAACACUACCGUAUUCACCGUGGAAAACUCUGCACCCCAACCUACAAACUGCGAAGCAGAAUACCCAGCCAAGUCUCCCCCGAACACUCCACCUGAUGCUAUGUCAACUUCAACUGAUGAGCAGCAGUACAUUCUAGGUGGCUUGAACCAGGGUGGACAGGUUGACAUCAAGGAAAUUAAAAUGGUAUUGGUCAGUGACGGGAACGUUAUACCUGGAGAACGGACCCCCACCACUUGCGGUGAAGUCCCCGGCUCCGUGUUGGCUAAAAUCAGGAGUGCAGUGGAUGCGACCCAAGAACGUGGCUUGGAAGCAUACAACAACAGUAGCACACAGCUAUUGUCCAGGCCCAACCCACCCGCCCGAGUUCGCUUGGAGAAGAGGUUCAACUGCACCCCCUGUGACAUCCCCAGACAACAGGAUGUGCAAUCAGCAGCUCUUAGCAAUUUUUUGACAAUGCUUCAUCAAUCUAAUGAGGCGCAAGAAGCAGCAAUGCAUUCACAACCACAGAAGUGGGUGAGGUCAGAUCGGGGCAACCCGGGAUUUGGGAAUGUCCCUCAUAUGCUUGACCCCAAUAAGCAUCAAGGGUUGAUCAUUCCAAAAAACUUCACAUUCAGCUAUCGGCAAGACAAGAUGCCUGACAAAGUUCCAUGCGUCAACAGCCCCAACCCAACAGAGGAGAAAGUUUGGGUGAAGGUGGAAGAUGAUGCUGUGGCGAAGCCUGCUAAACGCGGUAGGACCCGUGGAACGUGUGCUGUCAAGACCUCUGGCGUUGUCACAGACUCAGUGGAGGGAAGAGCAACUGGAGGAGCAGGCGUAAAAAAGAGAGGAGGGCCACCAGUGGAAAGUAGCCAGCGCAGAGAGAGACACAACAGCAAGGAGCGGGACCGCAGGAGGAGGAUCCGCUUCUGCUGUGAUGAGCUAAAUGUGCUGGCACCAUUCUGUAACCACGAGACGGACAAAGCCACCACCCUGCAAUGGACCACCGCCUUCCUCAAGUACGUCAGAGAGGUGUACGGGGACUCCAUCAAACAGGAGUUUCAGGGCACGUUCUGUGGCAAGACUGGUCAGCGGCUCAAGCCCAGCAGUGCCUCAGGCCAGGUCAUGGUCCGCCAGGAGACAGCAGAGCCAUCUAGCACCCUACAAGCAUCGGAGCAGUAA